GAGCACAUAGGUUUUGGUGAGAUGGGAACAAUUUAAUAGGAACCCGAGAGGCUGUUUUUUUCACACAGAGGGUGGUGGGUAUAUGGAACACGGCACAAGGGGAAGUAGUUGAGGCAGGUAAAAUAAUAUUUUAAAUAUAUGUACUAUUUCUAUUUCAUAUUUUAAAAGAAACAGUUGGACAGCCAUAUGGAUAGGAAAUGUUUGGAGGGUUACGGCCAAACAUGGAAAUAUGGGAAUAGCUGAGUUGGGACAUCUUGGUCGGCAGGGAGUUGGGUUGAAGGGAAUAUUUCCGUGCUGUAUGACUAUGUCUUGCGGGCACGCAGGCAAUUUUUCAGGUCAACCUGUACAACAGCAGCCCUGGCACAGGAAUGGCUCUGCAGGCUUCUGUCACAUUCUGCUAACAUCAUGAGCUGCUGACGGUUCCUGCCUCUGUAGUCUCCUGUGACUCCAUUACGAGCUGUAUCUUUCUCCUUGUGAGCUGGUUCUGUGCAAUGUUGAAUUCCUGCAUCCUAGCUGAUUACGUGGCCACCAUGCGUAUUUAGUUGGCAAACGGCUGCUCAUUAAUACUUUUGAUCUGUUGCAGAAGUGUCACUGAAUGAAACAUUAGUCUCCUCAAACGUGAAUGGUCUGCUUUCCUGCAUCAGUCUGACCAUGCCGGCUCUAUCUACUGCAGCAGGGUUACAUGAGGUGCUGGCUCUUCUGACUGCACAGCUUAGACCAGAUGCAAAUCUCACAGCAGAAAUGGGCUUCCUUACAGAGGUCUUCAGCGAAAAUAGUUUCAGCUCACUUAUAAAGAUCCAUCAGAAGCUUCAGCAGUACAUCCGACAGAGCCCAACGCCUGCAGCGCACAACGCUGUUGCUUUGGCUGAUGAUGUAACAGAGGAGCUACAGAGUGGACCACCCAAUAGUGACAUCAGGGAACUGACACAUUUAUUAGCCAAACCGCACCUCCUGGCUGUGCUCUCAGCACACGACACGAUUGCACGCAAAGCCUUCGGUCCAGUGCUCCCACCCAUGCCAGAUGACGUGGCUGUUCAGGAUGAAGAGGAAUCAAUGAAGAUUGUUCGUCUUGUGAAGAACAAAGAACCAUUGGGGGCAACAAUUAGGAAGAAUGAGCAAACCGGUGCAGUUGUUGUGGCUCGGAUCAUGCAGGGAGGAGCGGCAGACCGUAGUGGUUUGAUACAUGUUGGAGAUGAACUGAGAGAAGUGAACGACGUGCCAGUUGAGCAGAAGACACCAGAAGAAAUCAGUCAGAUCCUGGCCCAGUGGCAAGGUUCAAUAAUCUUAAAGCUGAUCCCACCAGCUAAAGAAGAUGCCCUGCUGAUGGAAUAUAAGAAAGCUUUUCUGAAGGUUCCACGUCGGCGAUUAAGGUCUAAGGUGCAUGUGAGAGCUUUCUUUGACUAUGACCCAAGAGAGGAUAAAGCAAUUCCCUGUAAAGAGGCAGGGUUACCUUUCAGAAAAGGGGACAUUCUUCACGUCGUGAACCAGGAGGACACGGUGUGGUGGCAAGCGAAGCGUGUCGGAGAUGCAAGUCUCCGUGCUGGCCUUAUUCCAUCAAAGAGAUUUCAAGAGAGACGGCUUGCCUAUUGGCAAAGGCGAGCGACCUUGGAACCAGAGAAAAGCAGCAAAAGAUCAUCAUACGACCAGAGUUGUGAGAAAGAGGACUGUGAGUGUGAUGGAUAUUUGAAUGGGCUUUAUAUAGCUGGCUUACGGAGAAGCUUCCGGCUGAGCCGAAAAUCCCGACAGACGAACCAAACUGAAGAGAAGCAGCCGAAGCCGAGUGAGAGCGUGGAAUAUCUAACCUAUGAGGAAGUGGCCAUCUACCACCGUCGCCCCAAUGAUUCACACCGACUGGUGGUCCUUGCUGGUUCUUUAGGAGCCAAAAUAAACGAGAUGAGGCAAAGAAUAAUAGCAGAAAAUCCCAAUCGUUACAAUGUGGCUGUUCCUUCAACAACAAGGCAAAAGAAGGUCCAUGAAAGACAAGGAUUGGAGUAUCAUUUUGUCAGCAAGCUCUCAUUUGAAGCAGAUAUUCUGAAGAACAGAUUUGUUGAGCAUGGGGAAUACAAAGACAAUCUCUAUGGGAUCUCUAUAGAUUCCAUCCGCACAGUGAUGCUAAAAAAAAAGGUUUGCUUAGUGGACGCCAAUCCUCAAACAAUCAAACACCUCAGAACAGCAGAAUUUAAACCGUAUGUGAUAUUUGUCAAGCCAUUUAUUCAAGAACCAAGGCCAAUCUCAACAACAGCAGACACAUCAGAGAACGGUGUCAUUAAAGAAUUAGGAGAAGAUGAAUACCAGGAAAUGAAUCAGUCAGCGGCUGACGUUGAAGAGAAGUAUGGUCAUCUUAUCGAUAAAGUCUUGGUGAAAGGUGACCUCCAAACUGCAUGCAGUGAAUUGAAAGUAAUCCUGGAUAACAUAGAACGGGAACCCAUGUGGGUGCCAACUAGCUGGAUCCGCUCCUAGCUGUGCAAACACAACGUGGCCAACCUAAAAGUAGCCCAUCUUCUGAUCUUUGAAUGUCCAAAAUAUUGAUCUGAAGUAAACCUUUUGUUGAUGUUAAUGAUAGUCGACAAACAUGCAAAUAACUGAUUAGAGCACACAGCGAACAUGGAUGCAAUUGAGACAUAAUUGUGGCACGGCGACGCAUCAGUAGAGUUGCUGCCUUACAGCGCCAGAGACCCGGGUUCGAUCUUGACUAAGGGGUCCUGUCUGUACAGUCUUUAUGUGGAUUUCCUCCAGGUGCUCCAGUUUCCUCCCGCAAUCAAAAGACGUCUGAGUUUGUAGGAUAAUUGGCUUCUAUAAUUUGCGCCUAGUGGGUAGGAUGCAAAACUGUGAUAACAUAGAACUAAUAUAUGUGUUGGUACAGACUCAAUGGCCCAAAGGGCCUGUUUCCACGCUGUAUCUCUAAACUCAACACAAAUGGGACAAAUACAUUCCAAUUACAACACCCCCCCCCCCCCCCCCCCCC